GACAAGAGUUAAGCAAAAAAAUUAAUCCCAGAAUUAAUUGUAGGAUGAAGCAAGAGCACAGGUGCAGCUGCAGGUGGAGGCGACUCUAACAUAUAUAAGUCUGAUGGGUCACAUACAGAAGACAGUGAAGACUGAGGAACAUUUGAAGACUCUCAUUCAUCUGAAUCUCCAACAACAAAAACGUCUAAUAUCAGAAAUGAAGAGUGUAAAUGCAGUGAAGAUGUUGGCGGUGUUUGCUCUGGUUUUUCUGGUGUCCAGUGUGACUGAGGGACUGAUUAUCAGUAAAUGUGAGCUGAAGGAGAAGCUGGAGGCGACUCAGAUUCAGGUGAUUCGGGCCAUGGGAGACAAAAUGACCGUGAACGAUCUCAACGCUAGACUGGUCUGCUUGGCCGGCGCUACAGGCUUCAACACCAGCUUUGUCAAAAACAUCCCUGCCAAACCUAAAGAGCCCUUAAAUAGCAACUCCAUAAAACCGAACACGACGCGGCGUCCCGUCUGGCACCUGUACGGUGUGUUUCAGCUCAGUGAUCAGCUGGCCUGUGAUUCUGGCAUGAACCCAUCUCUCAAUGUCUGCAACACGAGCUGCACUGCUUUUACUGACGAUGACGUCACAGAUGACAUCGCCUGCCUGAAUACCAUUAUUAGCAGCAUUAAACCUAGACCGAAAAACAACAUCACUCUUCCACUUGUAACGCUGAGCACUAUUUUGGUGAAGGAGUGUCACUUUGUGGUUCCCUCUCAGUAUUUUGUGGAGUGUCCGAGUGGAACAACACCGUCGCCUGGAACAAUGCUGUGAUUUUACUCUCCUGACCUGCUGUAAUACUGUAGAUUUGAACCAGUCAACUACAGAAUCAUAUAGACUACCUAACUAACAAUGCUACAUACAGUCACAACAGUCUGAUGUUUCCACAGCAACUGCCUUUGAUUGAAUAAUGGUAAUGAGGUUGUUAUGAUGGUGGUGGGAUCUGUGCGAGUUUAAACAAUUUAAAGACUUUGAACAGGGGCUGCUUGUGCAUUAAUAAACUUUAUAUUAUUCCUGCAGUAUUGUAGAUGUUUGGUGGCAUUUCACAUUUCUGUCUACAACUGUAAUAAAGCAGUCUCUGUUCAUGAAAUCUCACUGUGCAUUCAUAAUACCUUACCUUAUUAUGAAUAAAGUAACUCUUCCAUUAGGACUCCACCUUCACUUGAUUGUUUUAGGCCUGGGACACACAAGACAAUUUUCAAAUUUUAAAACCAUGGGAGACAGACAUGAAGACAGUUUCAGCUGAUUUUUAGCCUGAACGCACACACAAGAUGAUUCGACCAGAC